GCACUCUUCACGACCCUCACGCGUGUCUUUGGACGUAGACUCGCCUCCGGCCACAACGUCUGAUUAUAUACAGGAUAUAAAUAAAUUACGCAGGGAAGGACCUCCGCCGCAAGUCCCGUGCUAAAGCCGAGCGUUCUCCUUAUCUGGCGUGUAAACCCAACCUGGCUCCUCGAUCGACCUCUUCGUCUUUCGUCUCGCCACUCUCGCCUUCUUCGUCUUCUCCGUCCGCAUCAGGGACUGGGCCGAGGAAUACUACUACUAGUGCUAAGAAACCUACGAAGAGACCGCCUGGUGAUUUAUUGGUGCCGGUUUCGAGCACGAGUGCCGUUGCACAUAGUUCGUCGACACCUGGGAGGAGAAUCGGACCAGCAGCCGGAAGUUCAACUAGCGCCGGCCACGGACACGGAGGGUAUACGCAUUCGCGCAAUAGCAGCUUGACGAAGUCGACGUUCGAUCCCGAGGAAUUUGAGAUGGUGCAGUCUUACGGUGCGACGUCCAGCCAAGGUCGGGGGGACGAUGCAGUGGAAGGAGUGGAUUUCAUCGAGAGGAGAGAAGACGAUGCGGUGGAAGGGACGGGUGAGACGGAGGUGAGCGCGUUGUUGACGGAUGGGAUCAGGCCGGACGGAGAGGUGUAUGAUGGGUUGUUGGGGAAGGGGAAGAAGUUGAGGGAGGGCCAUGCGACGUUGGUUAGUUGUGUGAGCAAUUUGGCGAAUACGAUUAUUGGGAGUGGUAUGCUCACGUUUCCACUCGCAAUGGCUUCAGCGGGUGUCAUCCCUGGCAUGAUCACCUGUGCCUUUUCGGGCAGUGUUGCUGCUUUCGGUCUCUACCUCCUCUCCGCAUGCGCACGCAAAGCCCCACACCGAGCCGCCUCUUUCUUCGCCAUCGCGAACCUCACUUUCCCCAGAGCUGCGGUCUUCUUCGACGCAGCAAUUGCGAUCAAGUGUUUCGGUGUUUCUAUCAGUUACCUGAUCAUCAUCAAGAGCCUCCUCCCGAACGUCGUCGCCUCGCUCUACCACGACCUCUCGCCACACAAGAACCCACCGGCCUGGGCGCUCAGCGGCCGCGUAUGGAUCUCGCUCCUCAUGGUCAUCCUUAUCCCACUCGCGUUCCAGAGACAUCUGGAUAGUCUGCGACAUACGAGUUAUAUCGCGUUGUUCUCGGUCGCGUAUCUGGUCGUGAUCGUGAUCACGGCUUAUUUCAGUCCGUUCGAGGAUAUGCCGCCGAGGGGUGAAGUCCACUUGAUCAAGUUCACGUCCGGCUUCGUAUCGACGUGGCCCAUCCAGGUCUUCGCGUUCACCUGUGCUCAGAACAUCUUCCCGAUCUUCAACGAAGUCCGCACGAACACCCAAAAACGGAUGAACAUCGUAAUCGGCACCUCCAUCGGCUCCGCGACGCUCACCUACGAGAUCAUCGCCGUGUUCGGGUAUCUCACCUUCGGGUCGACAGUGGGGGCGAACAUCAUAGCGAUGUAUCCGUCUACGUCACUGUUUGUGGCGUUCGGGCAGCUGGCCAUCGCGAUACUUGUGUUGUUUUCGUAUCCGUUGCAGUUGCAUCCGUGUAGGAAUUGUUUGGAUAAGGUGUUUGGGUUUGGGAAGGCUGGGAAGGGGGAGAAGGGGAAGAAGAUGCUAGUAGAGGAAGAGGGGGAAGAGGCGACGGUGGUGGAUGAGAGGACGGUAGAAGAGGAGGAGGUGGAUGAGGAAGUGGUGGAUGAGGAUCAUGCGGGGGCGGAGAUGAGCACGGUGAAGCAUACGUUGUUGACGGCGGGGAUUAUUGCGAGUGGAUUCACGACUGCCUAUUUCGUGGAUGAUCUGCAGAUGGUGCUCUCGUUCGUGGGAGCUACAGGCUCGACGACGCUCUCGUUCAUCCUCCCAGGUCUAUUCUAUUGGAAGCUAACUCGAGACGACCCGAGCGCUAAUAAGACGUUGACGCGAGCGGCUCUGGCGCUCGCGUGCUAUGGGGCGUUCAUACUCGUGUUCUGUUUGAGUUUUAAUGUCUAUCAGCUCGUCACGGGGAGUGGGGCGCCUUCGCAUUGAGUUUUUGUGGGUGGUUGGUAUGAGGGUGGAAGGAGAAGUGGUUUGUGGACGUGCUUUACACCCUAUCCCUGGUAUUAUGAAUUUGCUACGACAUAAAUUAUGGUUUGGUUUGUGGAAGAAGUGAUGCUCGAGCGUAAGUAAGGCCGAGGGUGCCACACUG